CUGUGAGUAAUGUUUAUAUACUCAUGCAUAUACAUACAUAUGUACAUACAUACAUACAUACAGUGUCCAGUCUGUUUAGUUACCAUACGGAGUUGGUCAGAGUAUUGAGCAACACGUGCGUUAAUAACGUUUUGUUGUCAUCCAGCUCAUAUUUGUGCACGAACCAGCGAUCAUUAUUUAAUACAAUGAUUAUCUUUUUCAUUUGGUUGGUGGUGCUAAUUGCGGCCCUUGCGUUGCAUCUUCGGCAGAUGCACUCUGCAUUCAGUAAACAUGGCAUCAAGUACUUGAACCCCGCGCCACUGUUGGGGAACAUGAUAAACACCAUAUUUCUACGAGAGCACUUCGCCUAUGAUGUUCUUCGUUUGUACGGGAGCUUUCCAAAAGACAGGUUUGUUGGAAGAUAUGAAUUUACGAAUAAGGCAAUAAUGCUUCGUGACCUCGACCUAGUAAAGAAAAUUACUGUAAAAGACUUUGAGGUGUUCCUCGAUCAUCGAGAUUUCGGCGGAGACACGUUUUUUGGCAGAACCUUAAUUUUGAUGAGAGGUCAAGAAUGGAAGGACAUGCGCUCCACGUUAAGUCCAGCGUUCACGAGCUCCAAAAUACGUCUGAUGGUGCCUUUCAUGGUGGAGGUCGGAGAUCAGAUGAUACAGUCACUUAACAAGGAAAUUGAAAAAUCUUCUGAUGGGUACAUAGAUGUCGAUUGCAAGGAUCUUACAACUCGCUACGCGAAUGAUGUGAUAGCUUCUUGCGCUUUUGGUCUGAAAGUUAAUUCUCAUGCUGAGAAAAAUAACGAAUUCUACAUAAUGGGUAGGACAGCAGCAAACUUUGGAUUGCGUGAAAUGUUUAUGUUUAUUUUCAUGGUCAUUGCUCCAAAAAUUGUAGCGUUGCUUAAAUGGAAUUUGGUACCAGAUAAAAUGAAGAACUAUUUCACUAACUUGGUCUUAGACACAAUGAAGGACCGGGAAUUGCGUCACAUUUUUAGACCAGACAUGAUUCAUCUGCUUAUGGAAGCUAAAAAAGGUCAAUUGACUCAUGAAGAUGCUAAAUCAAAUAAUGAUACUACUGGAUUUGCGACUGUCGAGGAGUCAACGGUAGGAUUAAAAAAGACUACAAAUCGAGUUUGGAAUGACAAUGAUCUGAGUGCUCAAGCAUUCUUGUUCUUCAUUGCUGGUUUUGAAACUGUAUCGACCAGUAUGUCUUUCUUAUUGUACGAGUUGGCAGUAAAUCCUGAUGUGCAAGAGCGCUUAGCACAGGAGAUAAAAGAACAUGACGUGAAGCACGGUGGCAAAUUUGACUUCAAUUCUAUUCAGAACAUGAAGUAUAUGGACAUGGUUGUCUCAGAGCUUCUCCGAUUAUGGCCACCACUCACAGUUAUGGAUAGAGAGUGCAACAGAGAUUACAAUAUGGGCAAACCAAAUGAAGAUUUUGAUAAAGAUUACAUUUUACCCAAAGGAACUACAGUAUUUAUACCAACCUUCGCCUUCCACCGCGACCCUCAGUACUUCCCAGAUCCUGAAAAGUUUGACCCAGAGCGUUUCUCUGAAGAAAAUCGUCACAAGCUUAAUCUUAACGCAUACAUGCCAUUUGGUGUCGGGCCAAGAAACUGCAUAGGUUCACGGUUUGCUCUCUGUGAAUUGAAGGUGCUAACCUACCAGAUAUUGCUACAUAUGGAGCUGUCUCCUAGUGAAAAAACUCAAAUUCCUGCCAGGUUGGCUCCAGAUAAUAUAAACGUCAGGUUGCAAGGAGGACACUGGCUUAGAUUUAGACAAAGAAAAUAAAGCCUUUGCUUUGGCGAAGAAGAAAGUAAUAAGUAUCUUAUGGAGAGU